AUGUGUUUGGCAGCCCAUGUGAGCCACGCCGUAAUGAGAGAUGAUACGAUAACGAAAAUCUUAGGGUGGGUGUUGGCCAUGAUAAAAACUGAUGAGUUACACUCAGUGGUGUUAUGUUGCUCUGGAUUUAAAGUGAGUGUUUACACUGCAAUGCAGUACGGUGCUGUAGAUCUAGGGUUGGGAUAUUGGAUGCACGGCUUGAGAAAACGGCACAGACAUGGCUACAUCUGUUACGAUGAAGAAAGGAGGUGUUCAAUCCUCAAUAGAAGCUUCCAGAUUCUGAUGUUUGCCUAG